AUGCGUUCUUGCACCCACGGCAUGUGUGUGCUAUCGUUGUUUGUGUGGGCCACAGUCCUCGCGGUAUCGCGAUCGUCGGACGCCGCGCCCGUCCCUCCGAAGUUCCGUGACAAAACUGCAGCAUUGUUCAGCGAUGAUCAAUCCACCGCUGUACAGAACGAACUCGUCGAUCGCCGUAUGAUUAAGUCGUCGCCCGUCCCUCCGAAAUUCAAUGAUAAAACUGCAGCAUUGUUCAGCGAUGAUCAAUCCACCGCCGUACAGAACGAACUCGUCGAUCGCCGUAUGAUUAAGUCGUCGCCCGUCCCUCCGAAGUUCCAUGACAGAACUGCAGCAUCGUUCAGCGAUGAUCAAUUCACCACCGUACGGAACGAACUCGUCGAUCGCCGUAUGAUGAAGUCGUCGCCCGUCCAUCCGAAGUUCAAUGAUAAAACUGCAGCAUUGUUCAGCGAUGAUCAAUCCACCGCUGUACAGAACGAACUCGUCGAUCGCCGUAUGAUGAAGUCGUCGCCCGUCCCUCCGAAGUUCCAUGACAGAACUGCAGCAUCGUUCAGCGAUGAUCAAUUCACCACCGUACGGAACGAACUCGUCGAUAGCCGUAUGAUGAAGUCGUCGCCCGUCCAUCCGAAGUUCAAUGAUAAAACUGCAGCAUUGUUCAGCGAUGAUCAAUCCACCGCUGUACAGAACGAACUCGUCGAUCGCCGUAUGAUGAAGUCGUCGCCCGUCCCUCCGAAGUUCCAUGACAGAACUGCAGCAUCGUUCAGCGAUGAUCAAUCCACCGCUGUACAGAACGAACUCGUCGAUCGCCGUAUGAUGAAGUCGUCGCCCGUCCCUCCGAAGUUCCAUGACAGAACUGCAGCAUCGUUCAGCGAUGAUCAAUUCACCACCGUACGGAACGAACUCGUCGAUCGCCGUAUGAUGAAGUCGUCGCCCGUCCAUCCGAAGUUCAAUGAUAAAACUGCAGCAUUGUUCAGCGAUGAUCAAUCCACCGCUGUACAGAACAAACUCGUCGAUCGCCGUAUGAUUAAGUCGUCGCCCGUCCCUCCGAAGUUCCAUGACAGAACUGCAGCAUCGUUCAGCGAUGAUCAAUUCACCACCGUACGGAACGAACUCGUCGAUCGCCGUAUGAUGAAGUCGUCGCCCGUCCCUCCGAAGUUCCGUGACAGAACUGCAGCAUUGUUCAGCGAUGAUCAAUCCACCGCUGUACAGAACGAACUCGUCGAUCGCCGUAUGAUGAAGUCGUCGCCCGUCCCUCCGAAGUUCCGUGACAGAACUGCAGCAUCGUUCAGCGAUGAUCAAUUCACCACCGUACGGAACGAACUCGUCGAUCGCCGUAUGACGAAGUCGUCGCCCGUCCAUCCGAAGUUCAAUGAUAAAACUGCAGCAUUGUUCAGCGAUGAUCAAUCCACCGCUGUACAGAACGAACUCGUCGAUCGCCGUAUGAUGAAGUCGUCGCCCGUCCCUCCGAAGUUCCGUGACAGAACUGCAGCAUCGUUCAGCGAUGAUCAAUUCACCACCGUACGGAACGAACUCGUCGAUCGCCGUAUGAUGAAGUCGUCGCCCGUCCCUCCGAAGUUCCGUGACAGAACUGCAGCAUUGUUCAGCGAUGAUCAAUCCACCGCUGUACAGAACGAACUCGUCGAUCGCCGUAUGAUGAAGUCGUCGCCCGUCCCUCCGAAGUUCCGUGACAGAACUGCAGCAUUGUUCAGCGAUGAUCAAUCCACCGCUGUACAGAACGAACUCGUCGAUCGCCGUAUGAUGAAGUCGUCGCCCGUCCCUCCGAAGUUCCGUGACAGAACUGCAGCAUCGUUCAGCGAUGAUCAAUUCACCACCGUACGGAACGAACUCGUCGAUCGCCGUAUGAUGAAGUCGUCGCCCGUCCAUCCGAAGUUCAAUGAUAAAACUGCAGCAUUGUUCAGCGAUGAUCAAUCCACCGCUGUACAGAACGAACUCGUCGAUCGCCGUAUGAUGAAGUCGUCGCCCGUCCAUCCGAAGUUCAAUGAUAAAACUGCAGCAUCUCAUCGGUUGAAAAAUCGUAGUCCUAGUUUGGUAAGGCGUGUAGGUGAACGGGCGGCAAAUCAUGGUGAAUGGUCGCCCAAAAUAGUUUGGCAAAUGGCGGAACGAUUUUGGGAGACCUUUCACCACGUUUGGCCGCCCAUUCACCUACACGCCUUACUGACCUAG